AUUCGCCAUUUCUCGCAGCCUUGCAGCCAACAUUGCUUACCAAUCUGUCUGCAUUCUGAACACUACACCCACCACUCCCGAGUCAGUCUCAAACCCAAUCCUUAUUUCUCACUGAUUCAUCUUACUGAUUGCAUUGCAUUCGGUUCAAGGAGACCAUCGGCCCGUCGGAUUGCAUGUGAGCUUGAAAGGCACGGACCGGAAGUUCCACAUCCGUCUCGGGCGAACCUCAUCCGAAAUUUUUUUCAUACAAACAGAAACACCCAGAAGUGGAUAGAGCGAUUAGCGAGGAUUGAUAAUCUACUUUUUGGAAGGUAUAUAGUACAGCCAUCCAGCUGGUACAACAGCAAAAUGCUUCAUAAUUAUCAAUUGUUAUUUUUUCGUUAUACUCCCUACCGUUAAUAUGUCGUCGGUUCUAUCCGAGCCCGUCAAACUCCCCAGCGGAGUAGUUCUACCCAACCGCGUGGCCAAGGCAGCAAUGGCUGAGAUGUUGGGUGGUAGCGAACAUAAACCAGCACCCGAACUCAUCCAUGUCUACGAGCAAUGGAGCCGAGGAGAAUGGGGAGCAAUUCUCACAGGAAACGUCCAGGUAGACGUCAACCAUCUUGGGAGUCCUCGCGACCCCGCCUUACACGGCGAAUACACCGGAAAGGAAGCGAACCCGGACUUGGUCGCGACAUGGAGCAAAUACGCCGAAGCAACCCAGCAACACGGUUCAGUUGGUAUCGUCCAGAUUUGCCACCCUGGUCGACAAUCGCCGCGCGGUGCGGGGCGGAGAGGCUUGUUUGCGAGUACGAUUGCUCCCAGUCCGAUUCGAAUGAGCCUUGGUAAUGGACUUUUGGACCGAUUGGCGGCUUGGGCCUUGUUUCCUGCCGCGAGGGAGAUGACACAGGCUGAUAUCGACUCCGCUACUCGUUCGUUUGUCGACACUGCUCGUCUUAUGGCUGAUAGUGGAUUUUCGGGGAUCGAGCUUCAUGGAGCGCACGGGUAUUUGAUCGAUCAAUUCCUGAACCCCAAGACCAACCUCCGCACAGAUGCAUAUGGUGGCUCUCCAGAGAAGCGAGCGAAAUUUGUCCUGGAUAUCAUCGCACAGACCCGAAAAGUUGUCCCGUCUAACUUUGCCAUUGGUAUCAAACUCAACUCUGCAGACCAUAGCUCUGCAAGCUUUGAGGACACGAUGACUCAGAUUCGACUGAUUGUCGAGGCGGGAAUUGACUUUCUCGAAAUCAGUGGAGGAAAUAUCGAGGACCCAAAGAUGAUGGGCUUCGGCAGCAACCAACGCCCGCAAAGCGAACGAACAGCCGCCCGCGAAGCCUUCUUCAUUGAAUUCGCAACCGAGACUCGCAAGCGACACCCUGACCUCGUCCUCAUGCUGACAGGAGGCAUUCGUUCCCGUACUGGUGCCGAGUCAGCCAUCAAGCAGAAUGCAUGCGACAUUGUGGGCAUCGGUCGACCCGCAGCUGUCAGCCCUAAUUUCUCUCAAUUACUCCUGGACGAGAGCGUAUCGGAAAAGGAAGCUAGCAUUACCCUAGACAAGGUCGAGCUUCCAUGGAUACUCAAAAAACUGCCUCUCAAAGUACUUGGAGCAGGUGCAGAUUCUCUAUUUUAUGGUGGCCAGAUCCAGAGGCUGGCUAAGGAUCUUAAGACCUAUCUUCCGGGGACGACUGUCUAAUGCUUUGCUUUACUGUUUACUUAGACCUCUGACAUCAUGGUGUAGAGUUUGUACAUACCCAUAUAAUAAUGCUAUUCAUCAUAGAAUUUUCAAUACACUAGACAGACUCACGCUUAGAUGGUCUAUGGAUUACCAGUUAUAUCGAUCGGGUGUGUUCCGGUGUCGUAUCUGGAACUGUUCCGAGAGAUUUAUAGUAAAACCAGACUAUAACAGCAUAAUAUCUGCAUAAACCAAUAUCUGCCCAAAACACUCAAAAACAAUGCCAAAAUAUCUCAAUCUCCCCCGCGAAGGCCUCUACAUCGACCCCCUCGCCCAAAUCCUCCGCAAAACCCUCCUAAACCCCAUCCCAGGCCUUCUCCUCUGGCUCUACACACAGAGCAACCCAUCAUCCCCGCUAACAAGCCUCUCC